CUCGAGAGGAGAGCCAUGAUGAACAGCCGCUGAGAAGAGUAGAGUAGUCGACGGCGACGCAAGGCUGAACACCAAAAAAAAAAAAACGAAAGAAAGAAAAAUGCGAAUCUCUCUCUCACACACACACACACGCUCGAUGAAGCAGAGGGGCUCUUACACAUAUUUUCAGACAUAAACCCAUCCACCAUUAUUAGGGUUUAGAAAACCAUGAAGAGGCUUUAUUGGCGUAAACGCAUUCCCUCCUGUUUCCAUUUCAAUCGUUUCCUCACUUCUUCUUCUUAUAGAUUUGAAGCAUUUGACCCCCCACCUCCUGUCCCUCAUCGCAGAGUUGUUGUCACCGGCUUAGGAAUGGUAACGCCACUAGGUUGCGGUGUAGCGACUACAUGGAAGCGUCUAACAAAUGGGGAAUGUGGAAUUAGGGCAAUAACUCCUGACGACCUGAAGAUGAAUGGGUUUGAUAGAGAGACACAGUUGCAUACAUUUGAUCAGUUGACAUCAAAAGUUGCUGCCAUUGUGCCCUCUGGGACUAACCCAGGUGAAUUCAACGAGGAUUUGUGGCUUAAUUCUAAGGACCAUAGAUCAGUUGCAAGGUUUAUUGGGUAUGCCUUAUGUGCUGCUGAUGAAGCACUUCGAGAUGCAAAUUGGUUACCCACUGCGCAAGAGGAGAAGGAAAAGACGGGAGUUUCCAUAGGUGCUGGAACCGGAAGCAUUAGUGAUAUAUUGGACGCGUCACAAAUGAUUUGUGAAAAGCGCGUUCGUCGGCUUAGUCCAUUUUUCAUCCCGCGAAUACUGAUCAACAUGGCAGCUGGUCAUGUGAGCAUGAAGUAUGGAUUCCAGGGGCCAAACCAUGCUGCAGUGACAGCUUGUGCGACUGGUGCACACUCUAUUGGUGAUGCUGCGAGGAUGAUUCAAUUUGGAGAUGCCGAUGUUAUGGUGGCCGGAGGAACAGAGGCCAGCAUUGAUGCCUUAUCUAUAGCCGGAUUUUGUAGGUCAAGGGCUUUGACGACGAAGUGCAAUUUUGCUCCACAAGAAGCCUCAAGACCUUUUGAUUGUGAUCGAGAUGGAUUUGUGAUAGGUGAAGGUUGUGGUGUUUUACUGUUGGAGGAACUAGAACAUGCGAGAAAGCGAGGAGCAAAGAUGUAUGCGGAAGUGCGUGGUUACGGGAUGUCAGGUGAUGCAUAUCACAUUACUCAACCACAUCUUGAUGGAAGAGGCGCCAUUUUGGCCAUGACACGUGCUUUAAAACAGUCUGGUCUCCAUCCCAAUCAGGUGGACUAUGUAAAUGCCCAUGCUACAUCAACACCUCUGGGUGAUGCAGUGGAAGCAAAUGCCAUUAAAUCUAUCUUUUCCAAUCAUGCAGAAUCAGGUGCUUUAGCCUUGUCGUCCACAAAGGGUGCUAUUGGCCAUCUCCUUGGAGCAGCUGGAGCUGUGGAAGCAAUUUUUGCAGUUCUGGCCAUACACUAUGGCAUUGCUCCAUUGACACUUAAUCUCGCUCAUCCAGAUCCCAUUUUUAAUGCUGGUUUCAUGCCUUUGACUGCUUCAAAAGAGAUGCCAAUUAAAACGGCCCUGUCAAAUUCUUUCGGUUUUGGAGGAACAAAUGCUUGCCUGCUCUUUGCCUCUACUUCAUAAGCUGAUGAUUGGCCACGUUUGUUUGGUACUUAAUUAAUGUAAGCCACAGGGGUAUCAUUCUCCAAAUCCUGUAUGCAUCCUCUGCGCCUGGAGUUUAUUUCUGGAUAGGGAGCAAUUAUAUUGACCAGGGAGAGGAUCUUUAAUGCCAGAAUCUAGUUCAUUUUCCAUAUUUCUCUUGUAACAUUUGUAGUUGUAGGCAAAAUAUCAUUUGAGAUGUUUUUGAGGUCUGAUAUAUUCAUCUUUUAGUUGAAAGAACAGAUGGGCCUGUAGAAGAAUAUUAAGGUCCUUUAGGCAGUUUGUAUGUUUUGAGGUUAUGAAGGUACCUUGAAAACAGGUUUAGUUGGCACAACUCUGCAGUUCACGUUCAUUGUGAGGAAUAAGCGAUGCUGCUAAGAUUCUCAGU